AUGCGGAGUUUAUCCUCCAGGAGGUGCAGUAUCGGCUGGCCGCUGGACGAAGAGACCUGCCGAGGGAUUCAAAAGCUGAACUUGACGGUGAAGCCACAGGAACUGCUGUUGAUCUCGGGUCCCAUUGGCUCGGGGAAGAGCACUCUACUGGAGGCCCUCACGGGAACUCGGCCCUUGCUCUCCGGCACCUGCUGGCGUCGAGGUCGACCGAUGGCCUAUGUGGCUCAGCGCCCGUGGCUGUUGAACGGCACGCUGAUCGAGAAUGUGACCUUUGGCCACGCGUACCACGAGCAAAGGAUCCAAGAGACACUCGAGAGCUGUGCUUUGCUGCAGGACUUGGCGUCGUUGCCGGGGGGCCGAAGCACCUUGGUGGGCGAGGAGGGCGUCCAACUCUCGGGGGGACAGAAGCAGCGCGUGGCGCUGGCGCGGGCGGUCUACAGCGGUGCGGAGGUGGUGCUCCUGGACGACGUGCUUUCGGCGCUGGACGCCCACGUGGGCAAGCAGAUCUUCGAGGCGGUCAUCGCUGGAGCGCUGCGCAGAUCGACGCGACUGCUGGUGACGCACCAGCUGCAGUACUGGUCACAUCCGGAGGUGAACCGCAUUUUGCUCCUCCGCGCAGAUGGCAGCUGCCACUUUCUGGGAAGCUAUCAGGAACUGGUGAAAGCGCAGAUCCAUGAGCUCACGGCACUGCAGUCCGAAGAAGCCGAGCACGGCAAGGACGAAAAGGAGAACGGAGACGUGGAGAAGGAGAAGUCGCAGGUGAAAGCCGCCGACGCUGAGACCGUGAGUCGACACCUGGAGUCUCAAGAAGUUCGACGAUUAGGACAUAUCCUCAAGGCUGACCUCAUGGCCUAUGCCAGAGCUUGUGGAGGCUUAGGUGGUGUGUCCACCAUUGCCUCUUUGAUGGUCGUCUACUAUGGUGCGCAGCUCAGCUCCAGUUUGCAGCUGGCCUUUUGGUCCAACGCCAACGUGCAGGCGGAGGAUAGCGGACACCCUGAGGCGCGGGAGGCUAGUCGGAGAUACUUGGUGCAGUACAUGGCUUUGUGCCUCCUGACGGGCUGCAGUUGCUUUUGCUUCUUCUUCGGCAUCCAGUUGGUGGCCCUGCGCGCCUCCAAGCGGCUUCAUGACCGCUUCAUGCAAGGCCUCAUGUACACGCAGCUCCGCUUCUUCGAUCUCACCCCCACGGGCCGCGCGCUGAACCGAUGCCUCAAGGACAUGUCCACCAUGGACGAUCGGAUGCCGGCAGCCUUUCGAGAGCUCUUCGAGUCCUGCAUGAAUGUGUGCAUCUCGGUUUUGAUCCUCAGCCUCUUUGCAUGGCAAGCUUUAGUGGUCGUCCCACCGUUCUCGGUGCUCUAUUGGAUGACCAUGACGGUGUACCGCUGGCCCGCACGGGACUUGCGGCGCUUGGAAGGCACCUCGCGAUCACCAGGAAUGAGCCACUUUUCCGAUUCCAUCAAAGGCGCUCGGACGGUUCGAGCCUAUGGGCAUGAAGCGCGCUUCCUGCAGAGGAACCUGGAGCUGCUGGGGCAGAAUCAGCUGACGACGUACUGGUUCUGGGUCGCUCAAGCCUGGGUCUCCUGCACUCAGGAGGUGUUGGGGACGCUGGCGCUGGCGGCUGUGGCCGGCGUGAUUGGCUACCGGGCCUAUCUGGGCAGUCUGAACCCAGGCUUGGCAGGCUUGGCUCUCUCCUAUGCCAUGAGCAUGCCACGGAACUUGAUGUUCCUCUCACGGCGCCUGGCGACCAUGGAGGUGGAGUUCGUGUCCAUCGAGCGGGUCAUGGAAUACACCCGGCUCCCGCACGAAGUGACUGACACGCAGCCCGUGGUGGACGACGAGGACGCCGAGGACCUGCUCCGCGAUGCGACGUGGGCGGUGAGGGCCGAGGGGCUCUACUUGCGCUAUGACGUGGAUGGGCCAAUGGUCUUCAAUGGCUUAUCAUUGAAGAUCGAGGUGGCAAGUAGCUGUGCCCUGGUGGGGCGCACCGGCUGUGGGAAGAGUAGCUUCCUGAGCGCCUUGGUGCGGCUGUACCCCAUCUGCGGCGGAAAUCUCUACGUCCAUGACCUGGCAAACCUCUGCGAGAUCAGAACGUGCAGAUUUUGCCGCUGCCGGUGCUGCGCUCCACGGUCCGCGUGCUCUUACAGGAUCCCAUCUUCUUCUCGGGGACGAUCCGCUCCAAUCUCCUCUCGCGCUCACCAGCGAUUGUGGCAUCGCUGGAUGAAGAUGAGGCGCUGUGGCAUUACCUGCGGCAAGCGGGACUGGAAGACCGUGUACGGCAGCUGCCAGAUGGCCUCGAUGCCAAGGUGGAGGAGAACGGGCAGAACUUCAGCCAGGGAGAGCGGCAACUGCUGUGCCUGGCGAGGGUCUUGGUGA